AUGUCUCUUUCUGGGGUGGUUUGGUGGGUGACACCUGCAGGUUUCUUCAUGGACCAGCGACCAGGCGUAGUCGAUGAAAUGUGUGGCCUCGAUGUGCUGGGCAAGCUGGUCAAAUGUAUUCCGGCUGUACGGCGCCAGUCGAGGGUCAAAAACCGAGACUCCCAGUUCGGACGCUUGGCAAUCGGGAAUAGAUUCAGGUUUCAGGCCGAGAAGAUGGGACUGAAGGCCGUGAUGGAUAAGUCGAAGAUGUCCCAUGUCCACGAGCCCGAGGCCCCCCGGCCAGGCCUGUACAUGAACACGAACUUCGUGCGCUGUAACGACCGCUAUAAAAUCCCAAAGUUCAGUGAACAUCUGCAGAGCCAAAAAGUUCAGACCAAUCAAAGGUUGUGA